CGGGGGUUGUGGCUGUGGCUGAUGCUGUGAUUGUGGCAAAGGGGUGUGGCUAGUAAGGUGGCGGCAGGCCUUGUCCGGGCAUGGCACGCAGUUACGUUUGACGUCAUUGUUCGAGCUGCCGGAGCUCCCGCCUUUAACACUUCCACGCCUCCCUUCCCUCCCUAGGAGUAUUGCCCAUCAUCCUACCUACCUUACCUUGGGGAUUCAGCACCUCAGAGACAUUUUAGAAUCAGGCAAGGAAAAAGAAAUCAACAUGGCUGACCUACCACCGACAUACGAAGCCGCAACUGGCGGCAGCUCCAGCUCGCAGCCCUCACACCAGACGCGCAAUGGCAUCCCACCUCAGACACGCCGCAGUAUGGAAGAUGAGUCGCGCCCACUGCCAGAGGGCUGGAUUCGCCAGUAUGACCCGCAAAACAACCAUCAAUUCUUCGUCGACACGCGCGCAGACCCACCCCGCUCCAUCUGGCACCAUCCCUACGACGAUGAGCAGUACCUCUCGACGCUCGAUCCUGUGGAGCGCGAACACAUUACGCGACUGCACCGUAGUGUUAGCCUAAAAGACAUCGAAGAUGAGAGCAGCGACGACGAUAGCGACGAGCGCACGCACACGAAGAAGGCUUCGGCCGGCGUCGGCGCCACCGCCGAUGAGGUCCACGGCCUGCACAAGUUUGGUCGCAAGAUCAAGGAUCGCGUCACCAACUCGACGCACCAGCAGCGUGAGACUGCGCGCCAGAAACGCGCGCGCGACGAGCAGGCCGCGUACCAGGCGCACAUGGCUGCGCGCCGCGCCAUGGUGCGCGCGUUGGAGACGGGCCAACCGCAGUUCUUGUGCAAGGACCGCCAAGGCCGCGACGUCUACAUCGUGCCGCCGACUGGCAAUGCUGCUCCGAUGGGCGCUCGCGCGUACAAUCCGUAUGCUCAAGGCCCGUACACGAACCCGAACGCGCGCUUCCUGGCCCCGGAUUACCCUUACUCUCGCCCGUACGGCUAUGGUUAUGGCGGCGGAUAUGGAUUCCCACUCAUAGGAGGCCUUUUGGGUGGUGCGAUGCUGGGUGGAUUGUUGUUUUAAGAGGGAUCACUUUCUCAUCACUCUUUUUCCCCUUGAGUUUUGCACAUGAUGAAUUACGAUGGGAUGGCUACAUUUUGAUACCCGCGGACGGAUUGGGAAGUGGUCUGGCAAAACAGCUGGUAUAAUGACAAUGCCCAGGUCCUCAUGAAGCAUGUAUCAAAUAUAUGAG